AUGGUAAUGAGUCGCAUCGCUGCAAUGCUUGAUAACUCUCCGAAUCUCAAGAAAAUCGAGGUGGUCGUUAUUAGAUUCGACGGCGUGAUCGACUUCAGCAAGCGGCUCAAGCUUCACAGAGAUGGACAGCCAAAGCUGCUGGUCACUGAAGCCCGGCACAUAGCUGAAUGGGUGUUCUCAUUCUUCCGCCCCCUCCUGUGUAGUCCUUCCUUCCGCAAUGGGGAUCCUCAGCGGUUAUCUUCCUUGUUGGCGCUUGACAUGCAUGCUUAUUGGCUCUACGGGCAAAAGGCUGAUUUUCAUCGAUCGAAUUGGACAAAAGAGAUGGCGGACGAAGCAGACGCCUCAUUCUCUGAGCAUCUGGAGCUGCUGCUCGAGAGAAGUCGGAAGAAGAAUCUCCGUCGUCGCCAAAAGAAGCUUCAACGACUCGGCUGA